AUGGCACGCGGAGGUAAACGAGGUGGUAGAGGUCGUGGCCGGGGAGGUAACCGCGGGGGAGAUCGUCGUGGUGGUGAAGACAAUCGAGUCAGUUUCGACAAGGUCGAGAAAAACAACCCAAAGCUCCAAGGCUACUAUGACGAAGUCCUCGGAAUACCAGAGAAAGAACGGGAAGAGUUCUGGGCGGCUUAUAAAAGAGAAUUGCCAAACAGCUUUCGAUUUACUGGAUCCAAAGGUCAUGCGCUUACGGUUCAGAAGAAAUUGAAAGAGCGUUACGUUCCGGAAAUCUCGAAAAUCAGCCACUGGGAUGGCCAAAAGGUCGACCCUCCUGUUCCAGUUGAAUGGUACCCCGACGAACUCGCUUGGUGGAUGACGACCCCGAAAAAUGUUGUUCGAAAGUUUGCGCCAUUUGCUGCUUUUCAAAAGUUCUUGGUUUCGGAGACAAGUGUUGGAAAUAUCAGCAGACAGGAGGUCGUCAGUAUGAUACCACCAUUGGUAAUGGAUCUCAAACCUGGUAUGACAGUGUUGGAUAUGUGCGCUGCUCCUGGAAGUAAAGCCGCACAAUUACUCGAGAUGGUGCACAGAGGCGAAGAAGCUCGUGUUCAUAAAUCUCUUCGCGACUAUGCUGAGACCGAUGGAAGGAAGACAAGUCCUGGCCCGACAAGCUCAGCAGAAGAUGAUGAGGCUUUUGAACUUGACCCUACGGAUAACGGCAGAGCCACUGGACUAUUGAUAGCCAAUGACUCCGAUUACAAGCGAAGCCAUAUGUUGAUCCAUCAACUGAAGCGACUAUCUUCCCCCAAUCUCAUCGUUACGAACCACGAUGCCACUAUGUAUCCAUCGAUCAAACUUCCAGCAACCCCCGAAAACCCGGCAUUCAACCGAUAUCUGAAGUUCGACAGGAUCUUAGCUGAUGUUCCUUGUUCAGGUGACGGCACCAUGCGGAAGAAUGUCAAUUUAUGGAAAGACUGGACUCCUGGAAAUGCCAUUGGUCUCCACCAGACACAGGUGCGAAUUUUGGUCAGAUCCCUACAGAUGUUGAAGGCUGGCGGUCGCGUUGUCUACUCGACAUGCAGUAUGAAUCCUGUCGAAAACGAGGCGGUUGUAGCUUCCGCGAUUGAAAGAUGUGGAGGGCUUGAAAAGGUCCACGUGGUCCCUACUUCAGAUCAGCUACCACUUUUGAAACGGUACACAGGCUUGAAACACUGGAAGGUUAUGGAUAAGGCUGGCAAGGUCUGGUCGUCAUUUGAAGAGGUGGAAGAGUAUAAUGCUAAGAACGGUGCCACUGCAGCAACCGAGAAGCUGUCACCAGGAAUGUUCACGCCUAUGGUCAGCUCACCGGAAUUCGCUAUUCCGUUUGAUAGAUGUAUGCGUGUUUAUGCACACUCCCAGGAUACUGGAGGCUUCUUCAUCACUAUUCUAGAGAAAAGAACAGAGUUCAAGGCGAAGCCAGAAUCAGAGCAGAAGAAGGGGGAGCCGAAACCUCCAAUUAGUGCAAUCGUGGAUGAGAUUGAGUCAAUGCCUCCUCCCAAAGAAGGUGAAAGUGUAGCGCCCAAGAUUGAGGCUGCAGAUGCGCUGGAUGGGGUUUUCACUGCUCCAGACGAGGUUGCCCCUGUGGCUAGACAAAAUCAGGAGAAUCCAGAAACAAGCGCGACAGUUAAUUCCAACAAACGAUCCGCUGAUGACGAAGUGGAAAUUGAUGGAGUUAUGUCUACCAAAAAGCUCAAGUCUAGACAAGAAGGAGAUGAAGCAGCAGAACCUGGUCUCGAAGAUAGACAAGUGCAUUAUCCACCACCGCCCGGCGCGAACUUGGAUGCUACCAUCAGACCUGGCGAUAUGCGCGAUGGUAUAGUAGCUCCUCAAGCUCGGAGAAACAAGGACCAUGCUCAACAGUUUGAGGAACCGUUCAAGUACAUCUCUGGAGAACAUCCUGAAGUUAAAUCUAUCGAGGAAUUUUACCAUCUUUCGCCCAGAUUUCCCCGCGACCGUUUCAUGGUCCGUAAUGCGUCUGGUGAGCCGGCGAAAACGAUCUACUAUACCUCAGCUCUCAUUCGCGACAUCCUCACAGAGAAUGAAGGAAAAGGUAUUAAGUUUAUUCACGGAGGUGUCCGUAUGUUUAUGAAGCAAGAUGUUCAAGGUGAUGGCGUGUGCAAGUGGCGCAUCCAAUCCGAAGGAAUGCCUAUUUUGGAGGGAUAUGUCGGAGAAGAGCGUGUCGUUCGUCUUUACAAAAAGUCAACUCUCAAAAAGCUUCUGAUUGAGAUGUUCCCCAAAGUCGCAGAUGGGGGCUGGAAGAAUUUGGGUGAAAUCGGCGAACAUGUCAACAAUAUUGGUAUGGGUUGCUGCGUUCUCCGCAUUGAACCAAGUGACGAUCCAGAUGGCUUCUCUGAGCGCAUGGUUCUGCCACUCUGGCGAAGCUUACACUCUCUCAAUCUGAUGUUGGCCAAAGAAGAUCGCUCCGCUAUGCUUUUGCGAAUCUUCAACGACACCACGCCACUCGUCAACAACUCCAACACCUCGAAGCAAGGUAAACAGCCAGCACCAGGCUUCAAGAUCGAGGACGGCGAGGUCCAUGUCGAUGUCAAUCCAUCUAUCGCUGCUGCUGCUCCUGUAGGUGACGAUGCUAGUGAGCAAGCUGCAGAGGCCGUCGUGAAGCCAGGGCCGUAUGAUACCAUUGUAGCCGCGCCGAAGACGGGGAAUGAACUUGAUGUCAAGGCUGAGAGGAUUGAUAAGGGUGAGGAUACCUCGGGUCAUGAGAUUGAGGGACAGUUGGGUGCACCGGCGUGA